UCUUCCGCAACGCGUCCUCCUCGAGGACCUCACUUUUCCAAGUUAAAUCAACAACUAAAUUACUAAAGAACGAACAAGCAUUUAAAUAAAUUUGUUCUCGUUUAUUCCCAUAUAAAAUUUCGUUUAUUCUCACAUCAAUAAAGUUUUUCCCGCGUGUGUAUCGAACACUCGGGAAUAAAUAAACCGUUAAUCGUUCAGGAGCGGAUCCGCCGAUUUUCCAGGAUUCCAGAGCCCUGCGCUUGCAGCUUCGUCAACACGGAGCCGGGGGCGUGGACCAGCCAACACCAUGGGUCCAAUCAUUUUCGUCGUUUUAUGUUUUACGAUUGCGUUGAGGUCAACUUUUUGCGAAUUGAAGAGUUCCGGUGACGAUGAGAGAGCCAGAUUACCGGAGUUCCUCACGGAACUCGAUUUAGCGAGCCUUGAGGCGUCCCAGGAAGACAUCGAGGCAAUUAAAACCGUCGUCAAACGUCUCGCCCCAGAGAAGAAUGGCGAGUACCAAGUCUAUCAAGUCUUCUUCGGGAACGAGGAACUUCUCAAGGAGUGGCUAGAGGGCGCUGGUGUGAUGGGUCAACCAGGCGUUGAUUUUCCGGCAUUAACGACCAUACCGACAACGAGUUUCAGCUGUCGAGGAUUGAAAGGCGGUUACUACGCUGACUUGGAAACGAAUUGUCAAGUUUUCCACAUAUGCGAUAACGGUCGAAAAAUAUCAUUCCUCUGUCCGAACGGCACAAUAUUCCAACAGUCUCAACUGAUUUGUGACUGGUGGUUUAAAGUCGAUUGCAGUAAAUCGACGGAGCUUUAUGAGCAGAGCGCCGAACAAUUGGCCGAAGACGAACGCAAGCGUACCGACGCGAAACGAAUAAACUCGGAGUUCCACCGAGGCAAUGGCGAGAACGAGGACAACAACGGCCAGAAUUACUAUCAAUCACAAAAUUCAAACUACGAUGGACGUCAGAACGGGAGAACGAAUCCUUUCAGUCAAUCGGCUAACAAUAAUCAAAUACCAGGAAGUUCGGGCCAACGAGGACAGAACACCGAUUUCAAGUCGACCACUCGAGCUUUCGACCCCAAUCAGAUUUACAAUGGCGGAGGUGUAACGUCGAAUCAGUACAACCAAAUAAAUGAUUUGGCAGCUGGCAACACGCUCAAAAACUCACAAGACUACAAUGGCCAGUUUAACCAAAAUAAUUACAAAAACAGACAGCAACAGCUUGUUCAAACCACCGGAAGAUCCAACUCGGAUCGUGGAAAUUAUCGUGCCAUUGAACGACAGCAGAAUCAGCUCAUCGAGCCUGUCAACGAAGAAGCAAAACGUCAGUUGAACUACGAGUCGAGAGGGGCCAAUAAAUUUACAGGAUCUAAUCAGAACGUCUACAACAAUCAGCAACAGUCAGCCCGCUCGAAUCAACAGUCAACGGAGUAUUCGUCAACGACUCGGAACUCAGGGAGAGACGGUGAAAGACGAAGCUUUGGUAAAAGUAGUAGCAUCAGUAGCGGCCUUUCUGAAUACGACAAAUCGUCCAAUCGAAUAACACCCUCGUACACGGAAACUACGACAUUCAGAACUAGCACGCCUGGCCCUAUAAGGGAGUAUCAGCAACUCGCGGAGAGUGCUGCCUUCGCCUCGAGUCGUGGUAAUCGUUACAACGAGGCCUACAGCUCGAGUCAAUUCAACAGCUACUACAGCAACUUCAAUGCUAAUAGUAACAACAACAACAACAACAAUAAUAAUAAUAACAGCAACAAACCAAGAGUACAGCAAAAGACGACGGAAAAGCCACGUCAAAAAGCGAUAACCCCGACUCCGGAAUCUGAGAAAAUUGGUGGAAGUGCCCUCAGGCUUCGUUCCGGUCAGCCUCCAGCUUCGCCCUUCCCUACUUUCCAACCGAUUUACAAGCCACGAAAGAAUGAUCGUAAUCCUGACUACGAGACGACCACUUUUGGUUCAACGAUUCCAGAAACCGUAACAACCACUGAAUCCUACAGAGACGAGGGGACCCAAAGUACUGUCGGGAGGACUCUCAACAACGAUAAUUUUGAGUCUGAAACUACUACGAGUUAUCCAACUAGUUUGGACUAUCAAGGCACUUCGGAUAAUUCUUACACCGAAAUAUUCACUGAGGAUUAUGCUCGAAACUCGGUGACACCGAGUAACGAACGAACUGUCGUAACGAACGUGGAUUUCUUCGAGAAUACGACACCGACCAUCAUAUCGUCAGGGAAUUACGUCAACCCCAAAGCCUUCACGAAGACUCAACCGGUUUAUUACAAAAGUUCUGGAACUAGUUCCGGUUUCACGACAUCCAAGCCCUACUCAAAGUCUCAGGAAUACAGACAAAAUUCUGUAGCGACGGCGGGCCUGACGAACGAGUCGACGGUUCGUCGCGUAGACACUGGCUCCAGCUUCGCCACCACUCAGGCUAGCAUCCGUGCAGCCACCAAAGAGCAAAAUCCUGUGAAGAGCCAGGAUAGCCGUAAUCAACAGGUCCGGAGCUCGAGCAAAAGUCCACAGCGAGCUCAAAGCUCUUACCGGCCGUCGCAGAAUCUGAUAAGCACUUCUACGGAGAAACCCUUCAGAUCUUCCGCUGCUAUAAGCCAAACCGUGCCGACAGGAAAAACCUUGAGCCCAUACGACACCAGCAUCACUUAUCAGCAGGGCAAAGUCAUGUCGACUCUCGGACCUUACAUACCGUUCACCAAAAAUUACGCUUACUCGACACCAACCACAAGCACCACGGCUAAACCACCAGUUUAUACAGCCACGGUUCCAACUUAUACCUCGUCUGCGGUGAUCUACGGUUCCUCCGGAGCCAAGAGUUACAGCGGAAAAUUCAAGGCUUCCACACCCGCAUCCUCGGUCAGGCCAACAGGCCGGCUUCCCAGCGGCAGUGCAGCUUACCUACCGGAAAAGAAAAGCGAUGCUUCUAAUUAUCUCGCGAAGAAGCACAGUCUCGAUGAAAGACCGUUGAACGAACGGGAGCAUGCGAUGAGCAUGCUUCAAUCGCUGCGAGGUCUCGAAGGAACCGUUCCAAGUGUUCUUACCGUUUUCAAUGGUUCCAGAAGUGGAUUGAACAUACCAACGUCUUCGGGGCCCUCGACUCUGCAUUCCUUGGCGCUCUACUUCGCCACAGCCGGUGACGACUUUGACGUAACCGCUGAAACCAGAACGGACGCUGAAACCGAGUCAGAGUCGACGGAAUCCCAAGGUGUCGAAAAUUCUCAACUUACCGAAGAGAAUACCAGCGUCGAAUUACCGAAAAGCAUCUUGACCCAGCAUACCAUAAACUCUUACGCCGAGCUGUUCAACCUGAACAAUGCACUUGAAGGUAACUCGAGCUCGAACCCCGCCCUCGAUCUCGGCCUCGAUGUCUCCAACGAGGAUACCGACGACUUGGACAUCCAGCAGAGCCAAGGUCCUAUCGACGGUGCUCGCAAAUCGAACAGCACCAAGCUGCGCGAAUUGGCUCAAGUUUUCACCCAUGCUUUGUCCGCUUAUCUUCAGGAUCCUGACACCUUCAAGAAGAUUCUCACGGAGAUCAGACCCACAGAGCCUUCGAUUAAUUCUAAGAACGAAGACAGAUACGACGCGACGACUCUCGUCCCAACAACGUUGGAAGAUUUUCCGUCCGUGACCAAAGAGAAGGACGAGGUGCUCGAUUUUUCGGACGACACAGCUCCUCAUCGGGGCCGAGUGCCGACUACGAUUUACCCGAUCACAACCACCGAUUUACCAACCAGUACGGAAAACUAUAACCAGCAGGAAUUCUACACGACCCAACGAGCAGAAUCAAGUGCCGAGAAUAACUUCGCUUUUCAAGUUAACGACGCUUUUGGGCCUUCGAAAAAUGCCGGUAACGAGCUGAGUCCCGGUGGCACCGAAGCUCUCUAUUAUCCCGAGGAAGUUACCGAACCAAACGAAACGACAGCCGACGACGGUCGGGCGAAAGACGACUCCAUCAACGAUUACGGUGACAACUAUUUUCCAAACGAUGAGAACAACAAUAAAAUCGGCGGUUUUCAGAACAACUCGCAAACACCGAAUUCCUACCAGCCUUAUGGCAAGAACGUUCAACCCUUCGACGCUACACCGAUCAGUGACAAUUACGUCGUAUCCUCGACCCCCGCUACCUACGUAACUGCUUAUCAAGCAGAUUCGAAUUCGAAUCUGCGCAACGGCGGCGCAGCUUCGAAGAGUCUUGAUCCCGUUUCGAAAUUCCGCCAAUCAGAGAGUACGAGAAAAUCGGAAAAAUUACUCAACAGCAAGGACAAAAAGAGAGACAGUCGCGAUCGCAACGUGAAACAGCACAAAUCAACGACUGAGCCGUUCAGGAUUCGUUACUUUGAUACAACGACAUCGUCUCCUCGAUCAAACGAUCGCGAAUCGUUGGUGACUUCCGGUAGCGUCCAUUCCAAAUAUCACGAGAGUGGCAACGAGUUCGAUGACGAUAGUGGCAAGACUGAGGGAUUUAAUUACGUCACGAGUGUCGUCACAUCAAGAACGGUCGAGCCGUUCACGGGGCUGAGUUACCCGGAUGGUGGAUCACAAACCACGUCGAACAGUAACGAAGAAACGAGUACGAGCGGCAGCGACGAGGAUGCGAAGAAUCAGAGCGAUCAGAAGUUGAACGAUCACUGGACAUCGUCACCGGCGGUAACGCAAUUGUGGGAGAGCACGGUUUUCGUUGAUCCUAAGCGAAUAAAUCAAGGCCUCGUUUCUGGAGCCUCCCGGGAUUCGAGCUUGGAGUAUUCCACCAUCGAUUAUCCCGAUGCGACUGAAAGCUCUUUCGUAGAGAACAACGACAACAACAACAAUUCCAGUAGCAACAAUAAUCGUAACAGAGAGAGUUUAGUGACGGAUGCAACGAGUUCCGGAGUUCCAUCUCGUAAAACAAACAAUUUAGAUUAUCCCUCCUCGCCCUGGAGAUGGUCGAGUAAUCCGACAACCGGGAACGACGGAAACGACUCCCCAACAGCGUUCACGCUUUUGCCGCCCCAGGCAAGUUACUCGACAUCCGAGAGAAGUCUCGCUACAGCAACCCCAUCACCGAUUUAUACCACGCGCUCGAGUAUUACAACGACCAUAACUUCCUCGGUCACUUCCACCAGUUCCGGCCUCGCCACGCGUCAGGAUCCUCUUUUAACGGUGAACCCUCAGAAAUUUUCGAGUCGACCGAAACACGGAAUCCCCGAAAGCGAUUACGAUAAUGAGAUUGUCAGGGCGCAAGAAAUGUUCGGUAAGCUUAACACGAGCAGCACAGACACACUGAUGAACGUCAUGAAACAAGCUGACACCAACGCCACUGUUCGACAACUCGUUUUACUUCUCAUCAAUCAUUGUAAUGGACCUAUGAAUAAAACGAUGGAGGAAGAGAAAGAACAAUUACUCGACGCCCUCCUCAGAAUGCCCGUCAACGAGUUUACAUCCGAGGAAUCCCGGGAGCUUCGCGCCGGAAUAAACAGACUCACUCUUCCCAUCGGCAAAGAUGAUUUGAAACCGGAAACAACGAGCUUUGCUACAACUACGACGACCACCACCGAACAACCCAUCGUAACGACUUUUCGAAGUAAAAAAGGACGACGAUUCAAGUACAACUCCGAUGAAACUUCAUCCAACACCUCGACGAGAACGAAAAAUGACGAUAUCGUCACAGCUGAAACCAGCGCCGAUAGCAACGCCCUCUCUUCCGAGGAUACUUCCGCCUCCGACGCUAGAGCCCUCGAACUUUUGAGGUCUCUUUAUACGAUAGCUGCCAAAUGGGGCUGAAUCCACCUUACUCUCCUCGUGUCAAAUGAAAACGAACGUGCUGUUCGCUAAUGGCUUAACUUUUUUCAUCUCCUGUGGCCAGUGAAUGAAAGAGAACUGUUUACUUGUCAAGGCGAGAUAUUGUUUGAGAAUUUGUUGAAUUACCCCUCGAUGGUGUAAGCAUUUUUGUUUCAUUAUGAUUUUUCUGUUUUCAGUUUAUUUAAGUGCUCUCGUGAAUGUGUAAAAAAAGAAAGAAACUUUCCUCAUAGCAUGCGAGUAAAGGUAGGGCCCUUUAUUUGAGCAGCGUCGUUAUGAAAGUCACUAAUCAAAUGGAAAUUCCUGUUUUAUUCGUUUAGUUUUUACUAUAUCUUGUUUGAAGGAACGAUUUGGUGACGAAUAAAUUUAUUUUUUAUAAUAUGUGAGAGCAAAACACAAAAUAAAAUUGUUAGAAUUAUCGCUCGGGGAUUAAAAAAAUUAAUUUUAAAUCAUAAUCUUUGUAAAAUAAUCUUCGUAUUAUUUUAUUUUAAAAAAACAUUCUACUAUGAGGAAAUGCUAGAGUGAAUUGAAAAAUAAACUUUUGUACAACUUUUUAGUAAAAGGGCAAUCGAAAUUAUUCUCUGAAAGGUCUAAUUAAUGUAUAAGAAAUAUUUUAAAAAAUUAAGACUUCUUACAUCUUUCACAGUUGAUCGAUUAAAAUUUUCAACUCAUUCGAUCGUUGCAGCUAUCUUCGAACCUUUUUAAAAAAGGUUCCAAGUUAAUCUUGCGAUGCAAAUUUUUCAACCCCAAAUCUUGUAAAUUGUUCCACUUGAAAUAACAUAUAAUUACUUAUAAUAUGGCACCAAUUAUAAUCAUUGUAUAAAUAGCAUAAUUAGAUCAAACAGAGAAUAACGAGUUCAAAACAAAUCGUGAAAACAGUUGAUAAAAAAUUCUCAAUUUCUCAGACCCUGCUGAUCCUAACUCAAAACAAAAGAAAUUUACAUCCAAAAUCCGUAAAAAUAAGCACAGUUUUCAAGAGUAAUGUUUUUUUUUUUUUUUCAAUUUUCCUAGCGAAUUGUAAUGAAUUUCUCAGCGAAUUUAUAAAUCUUUAUAUCACGUUAGCCAGCAUCCAUCAAUGUUACUACUUAAUCGAUAAGAGACUCUUUAUGUUAAAAAUGGGAGAUUGAGGUAAGUUUGUCUGCAGAGUGUUAUUAUUAUUAUUUGUUCAAUCAAUGAAGAGAUGAAAAGUUAAUAUUUAUGAAUGAGUACUCGCCUGAAUUAUGUAUAAUAAUAAUUAUUAUUAUAAUUGUGUAUCAUUAUCGAAAUUAUGAUAAUUAUCACUUUAAUUAAUAUAUUUCCCUACAUUUGAAAAAAUGAUCAUUAUUACUAUCGUUAUACAAGGGUGUGGUUGACUCCUAAGGAUGGAAAGAUCUUGAACAAUGAGAUAAAUUUCUUGGAUUGGCUCAGAAUAAAUACGAGAAUGAAGAAUAACGAUAACUCCUAUCAGUAGUUGUAAAUAUUUAUAAAUGGGAUAAUGACAACAGCGAAUGAUGUUUACUCAGUGAGAAAUUCUUCGUCAUGCUGCAAUAUCGAGGAUAAAAUGCUCUGUUAUCUGGAGAAAAAAUUAAAUUCUCAACCAGAAGUGGAAGUGAAUGAAUACUCCUUUGUUUUGGUCGAUCGAUAUUUCGAUCGACGUCCACGGCUCAAGAUACUGAGAGGAAACAAAUUAUUGUAGAUAGUUAUGGUGAUGGCAAAAAAAGCUUCCCAAAGCCCUCGAUUCGAGUAUCGUUUUGCUAUUAGUUUCUUUAACGUUUUUUCAAUUAUUCAAAAUCGGACCACAAUUUUUUGCAGCUCAUAAGACGUCCAGGUUUCGAAAAAAAUGUCAACUUUUAUUAUAACUCAUACCUGCCUUUAACGCCUAAUGGAAAUUCAUCGAAACUUACAGAUAUGAAGGAACUUGCAGGUAUUGAAAUGAAAAUAAGAUUUAUUUUUCGCCAUACUCGAAUCGCCUGUGGUUCAAUAAAGUCGAGACGUAGGACUCGCAGACUUUAUGUAAAAUAUGUUUGUACAGAGAAUGUGAAUAAAGAAAAUUAUGUGGGUUUGUUAAA